AUGUCAAAUGUUCCGUUAGUUCGUCGUGCUAUCGCGGGGGCUGCGUUGGCCCACAGUUCCGCGACCAUUGAAGUCGAACCCUUAACCCUAACUCCUGUAGAAAGUGAAGGAAGCCAAUGGACCCCCGCAGCUUUAGAAAGGGCUGGCUCUACUCUAAAAGCACUUAAUCGCAUGGCAAAACGGCCUCCUGUUCAUAUUUUAUUUGAAGAUGUCGGAUACACUAUCGGCUCGGGGAAAGUG